AUGCAUCAGGUGCGCGGCCUCGUGCGACAUGCGGGACGCAAAGUCUUGCGCGCUCUCGAGGCUCGGCAAACGACUACGUUACCUCAAGCGUGCGUGUGUCGUGUGGAGCUGGUGGACGUGAAUGGUGAGCGCCGAACCGUGACGCUGCUUCAUCCCGGCACUUUGCUCAAGAUGGUGAACGACAUGACUCCCUCAGAGGCUCUGCGUGUACUCGAAGAUGUAGCGCAGCAAUUCGUCACUCCGGCUCAAACGACCUCUGAUGGCGCAACAUCAUCAGCCAAAAUCGACGAAGGGGCGUCAAGAAACGUGCUUGGCGAAGAGCAUGCCGUACCGCAGCUGUACGUGAAGAAUGAAGUGCACGACACCUGCACCGAGGUGCAGCGGCGACAGUGCCGUUUUAUUGCCAAGGUGCGCGGCCGCUUCUUGUCCUCCGACCCUGCCGCGGUUGAAGGCGCCUUGCAUGGGUGGCUGCAGAAGUCUCCAGAGGACCUGGACGACGUGGAGGCAUCAGAGUACAACGGAAUGGUGGAGUCGCUGGCGGCGACUGACGCGACUGCUGCCAUCGCACUCGCCAUCAACCCCUCUCUUCCAAGUCUUUCUGCAGCUGCCAGUGCAGCUCUAGCGUCACUGGUUCAGCUGCAGACCCCGGCUGCCGUUCACGCCUUUCUGGAGUCCUUCGCGGGCAAAGACGAAUCGGCAGCGUCGGCGUCGGACUCCUGUGCCACCCAGCUCGCGCUGCGCCUGCGCCGCGAGCUGGACAAGGCGCAGUCCAAUGGAAGUCGGCCGGCGUUGUCGUCUGCUGGCGUGACGGCACAAGGAACGGGGCAUGGGAUGGACACCUUACUGCGUGAAGCUACGCACUUCUCCAUCGACCCCGGUGUCGUUUUCCCAGCCGAGCCGGCAUCCAUUCAAACGUGGGCGAACCAAUUUGUCAGCCCCGACAUGCUGCCUGUGAACCGUGCCGCAGCUGUGCUCAAGCAAGUGCGCCAGCGACGUCUGCAGCCGCGACGUGUCACGAUGGAUUCACUGAGUGUGUGGACGCUGACAGAUCUUGAGCGCCCGUGGCUCCGGUUUGCGCUCGAGUCGUCUGCGCAGGGGCAGAGUGCGAGGGGCGACACCUACGUUAGCGCGGCCUAUCAGCUUUCCCUGAAAGAUGCGAAGCGGAACUUGGUGGACAACCGCUUACUGCACACCUACGCCAACGCUCUCGCACGCGGCGACAUAUCGCCACUGGAUGACUCCUUCGCCGCGUACUUGGAGGAGUGUGGCGAGUGUCACGGCACCGUCACUUCCGAGCGCCCCUCCAUCAUCCGCUUUACCUUGCCGUGCGUUCCAGAUGGCGUCCCACUGCUGCGUGCACUGCACGAUCUUGCCCCGAAGUGCUCCUACUGGCGCACCCUUCUCGAUCACCUCGCAGACAGCUGUGUGCGUGCCUCGACGGCACCGAUGGGUGAGGUCAAGGUAGAGGUACAACUGCCCUGCGUUCACGAAUGUGUGGCAGCGGCGGCGGCGGCGGAAGUGAACCUGCCGACCAUACCAGUGCUUUACGAGGAUGACGAUGUUCUUGUUGUUGACAAACCUGCGGGACUGGCGACGUCACGCCAUGGACUGAGUUGCACGCAGCUCGGGACGCCAACGACUGACCUCAUUUCCGUGUUGCUAGCCAGAGAUCGCGCCGGCGCGCUUGCGAGGGGCGUCUUUCGUCAAGGGCAGGUGCAUCGCCUCGAUGCGGAGACGAGCGGGUGUCUGCUCAUCGCCAAGUCUGACGUGGCGGCAGACUCGCUGCGGCACCAACUCGGUACGAGUGCAGCCUUCUCGCACCACAGCAAAAUAUACCACGCUCUCUGUGUGGUGUUGGAGCCAUCGCUACGCAAUGUGCGACUGCAUGAUGACAUCAUCGACGCUGCAGACCCGAAGAUCAGGACCCGCUACCGAGUUAUUCGUUUUUUCCCAAAGCACAGGGUGGCGUGGGUGGAGUGCCGCAUUCAGCAAGGCAAGAAACACCAGAUCCGCCGUCAUCUGGCAAGCCGUGGCUUCCCCAUCCUCGCCGAUCUGGAGCACGGCGGGGCGGUGUGCUGUCAGUCAAUGAUAAGUCGGGUCGCCCUACACGCGCACAGCCUCUCCUUCAUCCACCCCGUUACGGCGGACCCCAUUAUUGCCGCAGCACCUCUGCCCGCAGACUUUCGACGUUGCCUCUCGCUACUGCGCGACACAGGCGUAGAGUAA